ACCAUCUUUCCACGCUCUCUCCCUCCGGUAGACCGGACGCCUCCGAGCUCAUUCCUCGAACGUUUACAUUGUGUCUACGACUGGUCCCUCGAUUCCUUCAGCGAGCAUUUCCAUUCAGAUAUGAGCACGAGUGGAUGGCCACGAUGACGAUGUAAUGCCCGUGCAUAUCUGGUUUUUCAUGCUUCCAACCGGGAAAGCAUUCCUAGAAGAGGCGUCUUGCCAUCUUCCCGUUCUUCUCUUUUUUUUUAUGUGUGUGUGUGUGUGUGUGUGUGUGUGUGGUUUGCUCAAGCCUGCGAACGAUUUAGCGAGCAUCUUGAUAUUCUGUGUCAACAAAACUCAUAUAGACAGGGUCCAAAACGGUGUGGCAUUCGGAGUUUUUUUUCCCUGGCGUUUUUGUGCUGUCGUCUGGCUUUUGGUCGUGAUGUGAUGUGCAUGAGUUUAUGGUUUCUGGAUCAUGAGGUACUGGCAGAGG